ACAUUCGAUUCGAUUCUGUUUGGUUUCAGAGUUAUGCUCUAACCAAAGCGAAAAACCAGAACAAGUUCAGUUCAGAAAACCCUAGAUUCUUGUUGGAAGAACAAAACAACACAACACGAUGGGGUUUAGAUUGAACCAUCUGAAUCCUAUUUACAGAACAUGUAUCACAAGAUCAUCAACCUCUUCGAAAUUCCUUCCCCCUGUUCUGGAAUCAGUGAAUUUCUUUCCACUGGAACCCUGUUUCGUUUCCCCUGAAAAUCCCGCUUUCAAAAUCCCCAAACGAUGGCAUUUUGGUCAUUCUCAUUCCCACGACGAUCACCACCACCACCCUUACAAUGUCAAGGAGGAAGGAGAGAAGAUUUUCCGGCUUGGUCUCGCCGCUGACGUUAGUUUAGCCGUUGGUAAAGCCUUCACGGGCUAUGUUACCGGAAGCACCGCCAUCAUCGCCGACGCCGCGCAUUCCGUAUCUGAUGUGGUGCUUAGUGGCAUAGCUUUGUGGUCUUUUAAAGCUGCUCAGGCGCCUAGAGAUAAAGAACACCCAUAUGGACAUGGUAAAUUUGAGACUCUAGGAGCUCUUGGAAUCUCUUGUAUGCUUUUAGCUACUGGGGGUGGCAUUGCAUGGCAUGCUGUAGAUAUUUUGAUGGGAUUCUUCUCAUCAGGUCCUGAAAUGGUUAACCAGGCAUUGGCACAUGCUCAUGGUGGACAUCACCAUGGAAUUGACAUGGAUUAUCCUAUCCUUGCUCUGAGUAUGACUAUUGUGUCAAUAGGUGUUAAAGAAGGGCUUUUCUGGAUAACAAAAAGAGGUGGUGAAAAGCAAGGUAGUGGAUUAAUGAAAGCAAAUGCAUGGCAUCAUCGUGCAGAUGCAAUUUCAUCAGUAGUUGCUCUCAUUGGAGUUGAUCAAAGUCCAUGGCCUAUUUCAGGUUCACUCAGAGCUCUGGCAACCACCGUAGGAGGAGGGUCUAUCCUUGGAGUGAAGUUUCUAGAUCCCCUUGCUGGACUUCUUGUCUCGGGCAUGAUUUUAAAAGCUGGGGCUGAAUCUGGUUACCAAAGUAUCUUGGAACUGGUGGAUGCUGCAAUCCCAGCACAGGAGUUGGUUCCUAUUAAACAAACAAUAAUGCAAGUUGACGGCGUUAGGGGAUGCCAUCGCUUAAGAGGAAGGAGAGCUGGUUCAUCUUUGUAUCUUGAUGUACAUAUUGAGGUUGAUCCUUUUUCUAGUGUUAGUGCUGCGCAUGGCAUUGGUGAAAAUGUCCGUCAUCAAAUUCACAAGUCCCAUCCAACUGUGACCGAAAUUUUCAUACACAUAGAUCCUUCAAUGUCACAUGUUUCUACCAGCACAAAAGAUGAGCUAGAUAGUUGUAGCGGAGACAUGAACCUGAACAGAAUUGUUCCUGUUGGGGGUCAUAACAUUGAGGGAAUUGUUUCUGAUAUCAUUUCAUCAAACUUUCCACAGAUGUCAGUUGAGCAUAUAACACCACACAUGUUUCAAAGCAAGAUUGUUCUUCAAAUUGAGGUUUCCAUGCCCCCUGAUAUCCCAAUCAGGCAUGCAAUGGAAUUGGCGGAGAAAGCUGAAAAAGAGGUUAUGAAGGCUGUCUCCAGUGUAGUUCAUGUUGGGAUCCAACUACGUUUAGGGCAACCAUUUCCAGGGAUCAAUCACUCUUAGAACCAUGUCUCCAAUGUAGUUCAUGUUGGGAUUCAGCUACGUUUGGGGAAACCAUUUCCAGGGAUCAAUCAUUCUUUGAACCAUACUAGAAAUACUAUAACUUGUUUUUCUGGAUAUAUUUUGAUUUGCUGUGGGAAAGCAGAUUCUUGGACCACUGCCCAUUCUUUUUUGUAAACAACUUAGUUUAACAGAUCAAAUAUUGUGAACUUAUUGGCAGCAAUUUCAUUGAGCCCGUAAAUUUACUGAAUACGGGCUCAGUAACGAACUUGCUGGAGUUACAGCUUUACAGUAGAUGUCAAUGACAGAUUUGGAUGAAAUUCUCUCA